AUGGAAGUUCUACUACAAUUGAACUCACUUAUACGAGUACCUCUCGUUUACUCACUUACAGCAGAUUCGCUGUGGCGCAUCAAGAGAAGGCCGUGAGAAAACCUGCAACAUUUGUGCAAUAUGAAGUUGUUCAUCACUUCUAUAGUUUAUUGUAUCAUUCAUUAUGGCAAAAGCAUUAAAGGAUACGAAAAUGAUACUAUAUAUCAACCCGCGGGAAUGCAGCUAUUAGAUUUCAGACUUGAACAUCCGAAACCUAUAGGAGUAUGGACUAAAUCCUCCGGGGAUCCAACAGAAAUAAGAGAAAUACAUACUAUCAAUUCCGACCAAUUCAACAACCAGUUGCUACUUGAUACUUUGUUGCCAUUUGAUGGAGAGAGAGUACCAGAACGAGUUGUACACGCAAAGGGAACCGGUGCAUUUGGUUACUUCGAAGUUACCAAUGACGUUUCUAAAUAUACGUAUGCAGAUGUUUUUAAUGGAAUAGGAAAGCGAACACCCCUAGUAGUUAGAUUUUCAACUGCAUUACAAAACCUUGGUGGAACAGAUCUUAGUAGAGAGUUGAAAGGCAUGGCAGUUAAAAUGUACACCGAAGCGGGAAACUUAGACCUUACAUGCCUUCACACCCCUAUUUAUUUAUAUAGAGACCCUAUUAUGUUUCCACAGUUCGUACACGCUUUCAAAAGAAAUCCUCAAACGAAUCUAUUCGAUUUUACAGCUCUCUGGGAUUUUAUGACCCUGAGACCUGUAUUGUUGCACACAUUUUUCUGGUUAUUAGCUGAUUAUGGUAUUCCAAAUGGUUAUAGACGGAUGGAUGCAUUUCCGAUCCACACUUAUGAACUAGCAAACAAACAUGGAGAAACACAUUACGUGAGAUUUAACUUCAGAACUGAACAAGGUUUUACAUUUUUAACAACAGCUCAGGCGACUGCAAUAUCUGGUCAAGAUCCAGACUACUAUGUUAGAGACCUAUACAAUAAUAUUGAACAAAAAAAUUUCCCCUCGUGGCGUUUAGAAAUGGAUGUAAUGACGAAACAUGACAUAGUAAAUGUAGAUUAUGAUCCGUUUGACGUGACUAGGCUUUGGAAGAACGGAACAUUCUUUACGGUUCAAAUUGGGCGUUUAGUAUUAAACCAAAACGUAGAAAAUCAAUUCAGGGAUGUAGAACAAGGUGCUUUUAAUCCAGCUCACUUAGUACCUGGUAUUCCUGGCCCCAUUGACUGGUUGUUCAGAGGCAGGCGUGCUGCCUACAGGGAUACUCAAAAUUAUCGUUUAGGUAGAAACCAUAAUAGGAUAUUCAUUAAUAUGCCACGUUAUGCAAAAACCUACAUCCGCGAUGGCAAACCACCAGUUAGGUUAAAUGGAAGAGAUGCGCCAAAUUACUAUCCUAACUCUUUCAAUGGUCCCAUGCCAUAUGUUGAUGAAAAGAAACCGAGGGACAAGUUGUUGACGUUGGAGAGUAACGCUUUUGAUUUAAACAUUCUGUCAUAUUUCUACAAUCAUGUGCUAGAGAGCGAAGUACAUAGACAGCGAUUUAUUGAAAAUCUUGCGAUGUCUCUCGUAACAGUUACGCCUCCCGUAAUAGAGAAAGCUCUGAAGCUGCUGUUUCUUAUUGACGAAGAUUUAGGAAAAAGAGCGCACAUUGGUUUAGAAGUGGCACGUGAGCAAGUCAGAGCACAACGAAAUGCUUUACCAAAUAAUCCUACUUCUAGGCCAGUAUCCGUACCAAACGUGGAAUUCCAAUAUCCAGAAACAGAUUGUUAA